GCGCACACAUAUCGUCCAAAGCGAAUGUCCGAUAGAUCGCCCACUGUGCGUACGAAUAUUACUGCACCGCGUCAAAUGUCAAAUGAGUGCCGAGAAAUUUCUGUGCAAAACAUUGCGGAAUUGCAACAUCUAGCUGCGCUUUAUUCCUGUACGAACUCAGCAAAACUCCCGUUCAUCUUGAAUUGUGCGUUUCGAGCGAUUUCCCCCGUUAAGAACUUCGAUAAACGCUGAAAAUCUAUUAAGUUCCCCGUACCCUCUGACACAAAAGGUAAGCCUACGCGGAAGGUUCACUUGUGUUCGCUGUUUCCAUAAGCUACUGUGAUUGCACCGAAUUUCAUCAUACCGUACGAACAAAGCUGCAAAUCAUAAACUGUUUUGGAGAUGCUGUCCCGUUUGGCCUGCGGUAGAACGUUCGUUUCGUCGGCGUUGCUAAAAUCAACGCUGCAAACGAUUCCGAAACGACAGCAGCAAGUGUUCCGGCAGUACGCACGCGAUGUAAAGGGAGGAUCGAGCGGUACCGGAUGGACAGCUCGCGCAGAACGCACGACACUGCGUGAGCGUGCAAUGGCUCCACCCGGCCCGAAUGCGUACGCGAUCGGCAAAGGAGCGGUGGCGGGCGGUGCCGCUAUCGGGCUCGGUGCGUUGUGCUUUUAUGGGCUCGGAUUGGGCAGCGGAACUAGCACGCUGGAAAACUCGCACCUGUGGCCGGAAUUUGUGAAGCAGCGCAUCCAGGACACCUAUCUGUACUUCGGUGGCUCGAUUGCCAUUUCGGCGGCUAGUGCAAUGGCCGUCUUUCGGUCGCCCCGUUUACUAAGUUUGGUUUCGAGAAAUGGAUGGAUGUCGAUUCUCGGUACAUUCGCGCUGAUGAUUGGUUCCGGCAUGGUAGCACAAUCGAUCCCGUACAGUCCCGGUCUCGGCGCGAAACAGCUAGCAUGGGCGACACAUUCGGCCAUUUUGGGAGCCGUCAUCGCACCGAUGUGCUUCGUUGGCGGUGCAAUCCUAACACGAGCCGCAUGGUACACGGCUGGCGUGGUCGGUGGCCUUUCGACGGUGGCCGUUUGUGCACCGAGCGACAAAUUCCUGUACAUGGGAGGUCCGUUGGCCAUCGGCCUAGGGGUGGUAUUCGCCUCCUCGCUGGCCUCGAUGUGGCUUCCGCCGACGACCGCCCUCGGUGCUGGUAUUGCGUCUCUCUCGCUGUACGGCGGACUGUUGCUGUUCAGUGGAUUCUUGCUGUACGACACGCAAAAGAUUGUGAAACGAGCCGAGAUGUACCCACUGUAUGCUCCCCGCCCAUUCGAUCCUGUUAAUGCAGCAAUUUCGAUCUACAUGGAUACGUUGAACAUUUUCAUCCGAAUCGUCACUAUUUUGGCUGGCGGUGGUGGCAAUCGUCGCAAGUAAAGUAGUAUUCAGUCUGUCUUAGUAGAGGAUAUGUUUUACUGUACGGUUCUAUCAUGCCGUUAGCAAUUAGUAGUGCACGAUUGUCGAAUCCUGUGGAGCCACUAGGCUAAAAGUUUGCUUUUUCCACAGAGAUCAAUAAGAAAGCGCAUUGUUGAAGCAGGAUGGUUUGAAUGAAGUAUCCAUAGCAACGCUAAAGCGGCAGCAGAUGUAGCUUCAAUGGACCUAAGUAGGUUCAAUCUGUAGUGUGGAACAAGGCUAUAUAAACCAGUUACUCUUUUCAACGCAGGGUUUGAACAGAAAUCUUUGAUCGUUGAGCUGCUUUCCUUGAAAUCAGACCGGACAAAUGUUCCAUAAUACAUUGCAGAGGUAUCUGUUGUAAUUUAAAUUAGUAUGUAAAGAAACGAAUGCUUGGCAAAGGAUGAAUAAUUCCUCCCGCACACAUAAUUCGAUGUAAAUAAAUUGGAAGCCUUUAUUGUACGUAUUCU